UAGCCUUUUCAAGAAAUUCUCUCUGUUGUCAUUUUGCGAAUGGAUUGAAAAUUUCUCUUUUUAUUGUGCAGGCGACAGAGUGUUCCUUUCAACAAUUUAUUGAAAUGUCCUGCGACUGGCAUUGCAUAGUCAAAGACCGGGAACCGCCGAUAUGCAAAAAGUACUUUUCCGUUUCCGAAGUGGUUGACCAUCCUCUGAAACCGAUGACAGUGACGGUCCUGGAAAGCCGAAAUGUGCGACGACUGGGUAGCUUUAGCAAGUCCAGCAGCACAACGUCCUCAACCAUUUCGUUGCUGGAACCAUUUAGUACGGUAGUAGAUGGCAGUGAUCCAUUUUCCUUGAUGGCCAAACAGGAUACUAUAGAUCCAUUGUCGCAAAUGGUUGCAGAGGAAGAAGAGUCCACUAUGAAGCUGAGAAAAGGAGAAAUUAUUCAAGAAAAUUCUCUGGAUUCAUGGGCUUCCAGACGUACUGCGAUCCUGGCGAAGUACACAACGUCGGAAAAGUUGUCGAUCGUAACUAGCUUUCUGACCGGUGGUGAAAUUAUCAAGACUCAACAGGCAUCAAUGUCCGAAAAAGUGAAACAUCGCCUGGAACAGUUGGAUGACUUUGAGUCGACUCAUCAAAUGCUUGAUUUAACGCAGCAAGAGUACGUGUCCCGUAUCGAACAGUUGAAUCACGAACUCGUCCAAGCAUGGAACACGGAUCAACGAGUGAAAUCGUUGAAAAUUGCUAUCCAAUGUUCGAAGCUGCUGGCUGACACAAAUGUCAUGCAAUUUUAUCCCAGUCAAUUUGUAUUGAUCACCGACAUUUUGGACAUUUUCGGCAAACUAGUGUACGAUCGAUUGAUAUCGAAAGCUGAAUACUUUGAACCCGGAAAGAAAGUUCCGAGUGCAUUGCCCGUUAACUUUACACCUGAUAUGGUCUCCGACUCAGCGAAAGAAACUUGUCUCAAUUGGUUUUACAAAGUUGCCUCCAUUCGCGAACUGCUACCACGACUCUAUGUCGAAAUUGCUAUACUUAAGUCGUACAGAUUUCUGGACAAAAACGACAUUAAGGAAGCCUUGGAGCGUCUUACGAAAACUAUCCGAGGCAUUGGUGAUCCAAUUGUAGCCGCAUACGCUCGCUGCUACCUGUGUCGCGUCGGUAUGACCGUAACUGAUGAUAGGGAGUUCGUAAGGAACAGUUUGAACGAUUUUCUCUUCGUUUAUCAAACGAUAUUCGGCGGUGGAAUCCGAUCAGAAAUUACGCGUCAACGAAUGGAUUUGAAUGGAUAUUUGACCUUGUACAUUCCGUGUCUUGAUUGGCUAAUGCAAGCGAUAUCUAGCGGAUCAGACAUUUUACUAGAUGAGAUUCUGACCCGAUGCCAGGAAAAGAAGAACAAUGGUUUGCUGUUAAACUCAAUCAUGAGCUCAUUCAAACCAAAUUUCAUUGCCAAUCGGGCCGAAAAAUUUGUGUCGAUCCUAUCGAACUGUGCCACCGAAGGUAUAACAAAAGCUCAGCUCUUUCGUUCAUUAGGCCUUUGUUUGAGUCAGUGUGCGCCUCCUGUCGACCAAAGAACGUCUGUGUUGACUGGAUCUUGGAAAACUAUUAGCACAUUUACACAUGUUGCCGAUUACAUUCCGUGCGUUGAACCAUGGGCUCAAUACACAGCCAUGAAUUUUGAGUUGGCUGAAGUGAAUAAUUUCCUUGGAGAUGUGCUGUCGCGGCUGAAUCAGAAUCGUGCAUUCGAAAAUCAUUAUUCGGAAAUGUUCUCAAUCGUUGACAAAGUUGUAACACACACAAAAUCGUUUGAGGGUCUACUGAUUUCAGAUCAUUUCCUGCCGAUUAUUGAUUUAUUCCAAAAAGAGUCGGUUAAGCUGGACGUUUGCAUGAAAAUUAUGACAACGUGCAAAAAUAAAUCGGAAAAUUGUCUCAACGAUCCGGUGGUCAUAAAUGCGUUGAUGUACAUCUGUAAAGCGCUCAACGAUACCGUCAAUGCCCAAACGGUCGAAGAUGAACGUCGCCAGAUCAGUAAUCUCAUUUGCAAUUUCAUCAAGAAGGUCGAUUUCGGACGAGACUUCGAACAGCAACUAACAUUCUACGUAGAAGCACGAGCAGCGUUUCCGAAUUUGGAUUCGGUGUUCGUGACGUUGGUGCAUUGCGUGAACAAAUUAGCGGUAGAUACUCGCUGUAUCGUUAAUGGUCAUCAUACCAGAAAAACUGAUGCUUUUGUCAAAGCGUGCGCUGCCUACUCAUACAUAACCAUUCCGAGUAUCGUGUCCGUGACGUCUAGAAUGGAUUUGUAUUUGCUAUCGGGACAAGUGGCACUUACGAACGUUUGCUUGGGUCAAGCCGAUGCUUGCUUCUCCGCUGCGAUAAAUCUGGUGUCAGAGCUACCGAAAACUAUAGAAAUCGAUGGGAAAACGAAGAAUACCGAACCAUAUUUAGUGUCGUUCCUGUGCAAUUUCCUAUCAACUCUCGUCGUCGUUCCUGACAGUCCCGAGCAAGGAGUACUCUACCUAUUGCGUACCGUACUCGAUGUCAUCAAACGGUAUCCGUUUGAUCCGAACAAUACCAGCCUUUCACUCGUUUAUCUUGCGGUCAUUGAUCUGCUCACAACCGCUGCCCAAGAAUCGUAUCCAUAUCACAUUCCGAAUGUUGUGUCAAACGAUCAACUGUACGGUUCGGACUCGAAAUUCAUAGCCGAAAUUGAUGCACUGUGUUCGCAGUGUGUCGAUUUGAUGUUGGUACAGUUGAAACAGCUGGGUGACAGUGGGAAUUUACGAUUGCAGAGCAAUCUGGCGCUGGAUCUAUUCGGUAAAAUUGUUUACAAGGCUGAUGUGAGCAAAGAGAAAAUGUUUGCGCUCGCCGGAAAUUUGUGGUCAUUGGCCAUGAAAAACAAGAGUACGCUGGAUCCAAAACUGCCGGGCAAGAUACUGAUGCGCGUGGAGCGAUUAAAAGGAAAAACGAUGGAUCACCAGCGUCAUGCGUUGGAAAAUCUUACCACAAAAAUGAAAUUGAAAAUGUAGAGGAA